CAAUUUAUUAAGAACAAAGCUGUUUUGAAAUGGUGGUUAAGAUUCUGAGCUAAUGAUAGGAAGGUGUUGAGUUUAAAGCUGAAGACUGACAGAGAGCCACUGCUGGGAAAUUAGGCAACGUCUUUACACGCAACUGCUCAGCUCUGUGCUUGGAUUGGAUCCUGUACCAUCCUCCCUGUUGCUCCAGGAUGAUUUGGAGAACAGCCCUGCACUACGCCCAAUUCUGGCUUGUCCUGGCUUUAGCAUCCGGGCAGCUCACUAAUGAGCAGAAGGUCCGGAUCGUGGAUUUGCACAACCAGUAUCGCUCCUUGGUCAAUCCCCAGGCUGCUAAUAUGCAACGCAUGCUUUGGGAUAAUGCGAUAAGUCAGGUGGCUGGCAAUUACUCCGCUCAGUGCAGAUGGGACCACAACCCUAAAGUCUUCGGCAUACUUGGAGAAAACCUCUUUAUGACACUCGGACCCCUAACCAUCGAUCUACCAGUCAGUUUAUGGUUUAAUGAGCGUGACAAUUACAACUUUAACACCAACAGCUGUACUGAAGGGAAACUGUGUGGACAUUACACUCAGUUGGUGUGGGCGAACACCACCUUCAUCGGCUGUGCUGCACACUUUUGCUCUGAUGUUCCUAACUUUAACGUUCAAAACGCCACAAUACUGGUCUGCAACUAUUACCCUCCAGGUAAUAUAAUGGGACAAUCACCAUAUCAAGAAGGACAGGCAUGCUCCGCAUGUUCAAAGGGGACGAUAGGAUGCGUGAACAAUACCUGUGAUCGAGGUACCAAUAUAACCACAGGAAUUUCACCCUCCGCUAUAGCAAGUUUGACUAGCACAGGCAACAGUGGGAGCACAGGAAGUUCAGCAGGAUUUACAAAACCCUCGGCAGCUACGCUACUGCUCGCUGGUCUGACGGCUUUUUAUAUUCGAAUGACAUGAACAUGAUCUCAAAUGCUGACGUUUGUCUAGUAGUAAUAAGUCAAGGUCAAGUCAAGGUUACUGAUGGCUGAUUUAUACAUGUAAUAAAUUUAUACAUUUAAUUUAAUUGCAGUACUUUAUAUAUGUUAUGUAUGUAAUGCCAGAAAUAGCACUUAGUGAAUCCCUGAACUGCUGUUGCCUUGAUUUAUUACUGUCAGUGACUUGGAUUACUACAAACUCUCACCACAAAUGUUGAAUGUAGACUCAUAAUGUUUAGAACUACAUUUAUUUUAAAUACUAUAACCUCAUAUUGGUAACACUGGGUAUUUCACUUUAAGCUCUUUACAUUAUUGUUCAAACUCUUGCACACACAUGAUCACUAAAAUUAUUUAUUCUUCAACUUCAUGUUAUAAUAUAUAAAAUAUGAAAUAUUUAUUUUUUGAUUGAUUCUAUUAUAUGUUAAAGUUAAACGAGAGGGAAUUAGUGUUGUUUUACUGUAAUACACUGAUUGAUGAUGUCUUUUCUUAACUGAAAAAUAAUCCUGAAAAAUAAAUCCAAAUGGAACUCCAUGAAAUAAAGUAACUGGAAAAGCCAGACUAUAGAAAGUUAAUUACGUUCUUAUGUUAUUCCACGGCUUUAUAAUUUAUGAUUGAAUUUUAUUUUCCAUUAUCACUAUGCACUUCCCCACUGUGUUAUUUCGUUUUAUUACAUGAAGUAAAUGCUGGAGUUAUUGGGAUGUACUAUUUAUGUACUACACUAUAAUAAAUUAUAAAACAUUA